AUGACAGAAGCUAAUAGUUCCAGAUAUUCGAUCCAUCAGGGUUCCAUAAAGAUGUACCAUGACUUGAGAGAAGUCUAUUUGGGGAAUAGUGUGAAGAUGUGUAUCGCAAAUUUUGUUGCUAAGGGCCUAAAUUGUCAGCAAGUCAAGGAUGAACACCAAAGGCCAUGUGGUGUGGCUCAGAGCAUAGCUCUUCCAGAAUGGAAGUGGGAGAUGAUUGAUAUGGAAUUCAUUAUUGGCUUGCCACAAACUCGUAUGAAGCAUAAUUCACUUUGGAUGGCUUCUUAUAAGGCUCUUUAUGAGAGAAGAUGUAGAUCUCCUAUUGGUUGGUUUGAGGUUGGUGAAGCUGAGUUGAUAGGGCCAGAGUUGAUUCAUCAAUCCAUGGAGAAGGUGAAGAUAAUUCAAGAGAGGUUGAGGACAGCGCAGAGUUGUCAAAAAUCCUAUACAUAUGUUAGAAAUAGAGACUUGGAAUUUGAGGUUGAUGAUUGGGUAUAUUUGAGAAUUUUACCCAUAAAGAGUGUUAUGAGAUUUGGUAAGAAAGGAAAGCUCAGUCCCUGA